AUGCGGAACCUCUGGUCCAAGGCUCCGAAUGCCAUCUACACAGCAUGCCGCAGCACGAAUAGACCAUCCUUCUCAACGUGUCCUGCCCUGGCCGUCAAACAAUUGCCCCCGCGUCCAAAGCUGGAUGACAAGGAUAUCACCGGCUCGUACCUGAAAGGGACAGGUCCCGGGGGUCAGAAAAUUAACAAAACAAACUCCGCCGUCCAACUCAUCCACAAACCAACCGGCAUCGUAGUAAAAUCCCAAGCAACCCGCUCCCGGUCCCAAAACCAAAAGAUUGCAAAAGAAAUCCUCGCUGCAAAAGUCGAGGUAUUGGAGAAGGGAGAGCAGAGUCGUGAAGCGAUCAAAAAUGCAUUGAAGAAGAAACGGAAGGCUAGUUCGAUGAAGAAGAAGAGGAGGAAAUAUCGGGCUUUGGAAGAGGCGAAGCAAGCGCAACCACUACAAGAUGGUGUUGAGGAAGAGGUGGAGGAAGAUGGGGAUGAGUACGAGGAGGAAUCUACGACGACGGCGGUAACUUCGACAACGACGCGCUGA